AUGUCGAAGCCAAACCUCGAGAACACUAUCUUGAGGUCCUUGAACAAAGCGCAGCAUCGCGCGGUAACUUCCGAGGCCUCUACAGUGGCCAUUCUGGCGGGCCCAGGAAGUGGCAAAACCCACACGCUGACUUCUCGUGUGGUAUGGCUCAUCCAACAUAUGGGCUAUAGGCCCUCCGAUGUCAUUGUUGCUACAUUCACCAUCAAGGCUGCACGGGAAAUGAAGGAAAGAAUCGGAAAAUUGCUGGGAGAGGAGGUAGAGAAGAAGAUUAUUUUGGGCACUUUUCAUUCGAUAGCCAGGCGCUACCUCUCCAUCUAUGGCCGCCACAUUGGGCUGGAGUCCAAAUUCAAUAUCGCAGACGACGGAGACUCCAAGGCUAUCAUACAGCGAAUCUGCAAAAGACUGGAUCUAAAGGUCGAGCCAUCGUACGCAAAGGCAUGGAUCAGCAAGAAAAAGGCCAAGGGGACGCCUCCUGUCAACGCCCCCAAGAGCCAAAAGAACAAACAGCAGGAGCACCCAGAUCUCGCAAGGUGUUUUGCUGAGUACCAAGACCACCUGGAAAGGUCUAAUCUUGUCGACUUCGACGAUCUUCUAGUCAAAUGCGUGGAACUUCUUCGGAAAAAUCCAGAAUGCGUCUCAAACGUUCAGACUGUUCUCAUCGACGAGUAUCAAGACACAAACGGAAUUCAAUACGAAUUGAUGAAACUCUUCGCACAAGCAAGAGAACGGAUUACGAUUGUCGGUGACCCCGAUCAAAGUAUUUAUGGCUGGAGAUCAGCUGAAGUGCGGAAUCUUUACCGCCUACUACGUGAAUAUCCGGAAACCGAGGAAGUCUCCCUGGAAGAGAACUACCGAUCUUCCCAGUACAUAUUGGAUAUUUCGUUGCAAGUCAUCGAGGAGGAUAAAAAUCGAUACAAAAAGAUUCUUCGGCCGAUUCAUACUAAGUGUACGCAACCGGUUCUACGAAGCCUUGGCUCAACCUCAACAGAAGGAGAAUGGAUUGUCUCUGAAAUUAAACGUCUUGGUAUGAUGUUUGGAGGUAUGCUAAAGAACGAAGAUGUAGCGAUCCUUUUACGGUCGGCGUCGCUUUCAAGACAUAUUGAGUCUGCGCUCGGCAAGGCUGGCGUUGCAUAUCAGAUGAUUGGCGGUAAAAAGUUCUACGAGCGGAGAGAAAUCAAAAUCCUGCUCGACUAUUUACGAGCAGUUCAUCAACCGGAUAACAAUGAUGUUAUUGCACGCAUUAUCAAUGUUCCACGAAGGGGCGUAGGAGAUGUCACAGUCAAAUCCCUGCUUGAAGAGGCUGAACAGGCAAAGAUAUCUGUUUGGGCGGUCCUAUGCAAACAUUGUCGUGGUGAGCGCCGGGCAUCUACGAACAUCAGAGCGAAUAUGGAGCAAAGGCUUAGCUCUGGCCUUUUGAACACGAUAUUUACCCUGCGAAAGAAGGCGGAUGCAAUCACAGAAGAUGGAGCUGUUACCCUUAUCGACCUAAUAGACUCGCUUCUUAAUCAGCUCAGUUUCAAAAGGUAUCUGGAGCUUGAAUAUCCAGAGGAACACGAAACAAGAUGGGCCAACGUUCAGGAAUUCAUGAAUCUCGUCAAGGAUUUCAUGAGAGAUUACAGUCAGAUGGAUACCGAGGAGCUUCCGGAGAUCGACAACGUAACUCAAACAAAAGAGGACGAUAUCCUUGGCAAGUUUCUGGCCAAUGUCUCGCUGGCAUCUGAUGCACAGCGGGAUGAUGGGGAUGGCGAUAAAUCAUCCAUGGUAACAAUCUCCACGAUACAUGCCGCGAAAGGCCUCGAGUGGCCAGUUGUCUUUGUACCAUCCGUCUACGUAGGGUCCAUUCCUCACUCGCGAUCAGAAGAUAUAGAAGAAGAACGGCGUCUUUUGUAUGUCGCCAUGACAAGGGCCCAGGCAAUGCUGUAUCUCAGCUGUCCUCUUUACGGCCCACAGGGACUGAGCAAUAAGGUCGAACUUUCUAGUUUUGUUGCACCCUUUGCUUCGAAGGCUUUUGCUGCCCGUGGUCCUUCCAUUGAUAAGAAGGUACUUGAAAGUGUGGCCAAGAUUCUCGGUAGAGAGGCGCCCCCAGAAAAGAGGGUAUUCGACAAUUUGCCGUCCAUGUUUUCACCUGAAGAUGAUACCUUUCCCUUGAGCCCAAUCGACCCAAAGAACUCGGAUGGCACUGAAGAAAAUGGCGAGCAACAUUACGCACGAGCGCCGAAGCGACAACGGAAAGAUACCGAAAAGUGCAACUCGGGAAAUGCGGAUCAGCCCCUGUUCAAAGCCUACUCGACUACAAUGGAGGAUUCAAGUCAUUUCACAAUGUCGUCACUGCCUGGAUUUAUGACUGCUGGGCAGGCCCGAUCAACCAUUUCGGCAUCACUAGCCGCGAAAGAAAACCAGCCCUCUGGCAACAAAAAGGUCACAAAAGGAUCAACACACCGUGAUCCAAACCAGAAGAGCUUACUCGGAUUCGUAUCCAAGGGCACCGGAGCCGCUGGUACUGGCCCCCCAGAGGCGAAGAUUGGCAGUUCCUCUCUCGGUAAACAGCCCCAGCACGGCUCUCGCCCCCAAGCAUCGAUGCCUAUCGGGAUUUCAGGAAGGCAACAGCCAGUGUUGGAUCCGGCGCUGGCCCAGCACAAGCUUGGAGGUGGGAAGCGGCCCAUGCGACCAACGGUUGCAAAGCCAGGACAAGAUGGAGCAGGAAAGCAAUACUCUUGUUUUUCUAGUUCACCUCCAAGACAACCCUCUCCGGAAGAACCUGAGAACGAGUCCACUAAGGAGGUAUCGGCUUCUAGCCGACCAGCAGCUGUUUUUCAUUCCACUACAUUCACCACUGCUGGCACUCGGCUGGGUGUCAGGCGACCAGUUGGGAUGGGGCCGGCUCCGUCGUUAGAUCGCUUGCGAAAACCUUUCAAGCCACUGACGAUGAAUCGGCCAAAGGGCCGGUAG